UCUUCAGAAAAUGCUUUUUCUAGGCGGUGGUCUUCGCCUUCCCUCGGAUGUGACCGAACAAGAAUAAUCGAAACCGACUGAAAAAUAUUCUCCCAUCACCGCCCUCCGAUUCUUUUCCCAUUUUCACACUCAUACGAAGGCUCCGUGAAGCGAAGAAAUGGAGGAUUUUUCUGUAAAUGAUCCGACUCAGCUACUUCAAGCAGCUGCAAACUUUGCAAAUUAUCCCGGUGUUCGGACUGAUGCGUCGGUUAAGGAAUUUCUCGACCGCUUCCCCCUUCCCGCCAUCAUCAAUGCUUUACAAACAAAAGCAGAAUUUCCUGGUGUAGAGGAUACUUUGGUUGCGUGUCUUGACAGGAUAUUUAAGACCAAGUAUGGAGCUUCUCUUAUACCGCAUUAUAUGCCUUUUGUACAGGUUGGACUACAGGCAGAUUCUCAAACAGUUAGAACCUUAGCUUGUAAAACGGUCACUCGCCUUUUGCAGGAGUCUGAUGAAACUGUUCCUUCGGCUAUACAACUAAUUAUUGACUAUGGCAUCUAUCCACUUUUGCUCGACUGUCUUCUCAAUGGUAAUGAACAAGUUGCUAACUCAUCGAUGGAUUCAAUUAAGACAUUGGCUGCAUUUCCACAGGGGAUGGAAAUCAUCAUCCCAUCGAAUAAAACAGAAGCAACACACCUAGGGAUUGUAGCUUCAACAUGUUCAUCUCUGGGAAGAGUUCGAGUCAUGGCAUUGGUAGUGAAGCUAUUUUCAGUUUCUAGCUCCAUGGCAUCGGCAGUAUACAAUGCAAAUUUACUAAGCCUACUGGAAAGUGAAAUCAAUAAUUCAAAGGACACACUUGUAACUUUAAGUGUGUUGGAACUCUUGUACGAGCUAGUGGAGAUUGAACACGGUACAAAGUUCUUGCCAAGGACCAGCUUUCUCCAACUACUAAGCUCUAUAAUCAGCAACUCAUCAGCGGAGUCUAUUCUACGAUCAAGAGCCAUGGUCAUUUGUGGAAGACUUUUGUCCAAAGAGAACAUCUUCUCGCUUGUAGAUGAAUCAUGUGUGAGGAAUUUGAUAUCUGCUGUAGAUGGAAUUCUUGGGUCAUCUGAAGGAGAGGAUGUAAAUGUAUCUGAAGCUGCAAUUGAAGCACUGGGUCAAAUUGGGUCAAGCACGUGGGGAGCCACCUUACUGCUGUCAAGUUUUCCAACCUGUGUGAAGCAUGUAAUUUAUACAGCAUUUGAUCGGCAUGAGCAUGGUAAACAGCUGGCGGCCAUGCAUGCUCUUGGUAACAUCUUCGGGGAAAGUCGAUCAGAGAAUGAUAUUGUGCUAAAUGAUAAUGCAGAGGAAAAUUUGCAGGAUUUGAUAUAUCAAAUUGCAUCCAGAAGUUCAAAAAUGACACCCUCAGGUCUUUUUCUAGCUGUUCUUCAACAGGACUCUGAGAUUCGCUUGGCGAGUUACAGAAUGAUAACUGGGUUGGUCGCUCGACCUUGGUGUCUGACGGAGAUCUGCUCGAAACAAGAGAUAGUAAAUAUAGUUUGUGAUGCAAGUUCAGAGACUACUAAAAUAGGAAUGGAAGCUAGAUAUAACUGUUGUUUGUCUAUCCAUAAGGCUUUCGUGUCUUCACCUAGGCUUACUGGCGAUCCUGCUCUUGCUGGAAUAGCUUCGAAGCUGCAGGAAGCGGUUAGAAAUGGUCCAUAUCUUAAUAGAAGGAAUGUUGAAACUCAACCAGCAAUAAUGACAGCUGAAAGAUUUUAAAGAGUACACCAUGGUUCAAAAGCAGGUAAGCCUUAUGUACAAAUGGUUUGCGUGAUGUAGUAUUUCUCAACCAGCAGCUGUAAUGACAUCAAGACUUUUCUUUCACACUAGCAGUUGAAAAUAGAUUUUUUUAAUCUCUUC